ACAGCUCCUUAAUAAUUUUUCUGAGACGGAAAGUGGACGAACAGCGUUCCACAUAACGACGACGAUCCUGUUCCAACGUUUCUCGGCGAUACAAAUACGGCGCGUUCCACCACCAAAGUUCUGGCUUCCUGAUUUGGAAUAGAAACAUCAAUUGGGUCCUUUUAUGGGCUCCAUCUGCUUCAUUCUUGCGCAUAUUCCGGUUCCCUCCUGCUUCUACAUGUAGAGCUUCUCUGUUGCUCUAUGUAAUGGCGAUGGCAUCCCCAUCCUCUUCUUCUUCUCCUAGGUGGGAGUUCAAGGUGUUCCUCAGCUUCAGGGGAGAGGACACCCGCAGUCGUUUCACAAGCCACCUCUAUCAAGCCCUGGACCUCAAGGGCAUCCACACGUUCAUGGAUGAGGAGGAGUUGAGGCUCGGAGAGAAGAUAGGAGAGAAUCUCUGGAGGGCGAUCGAGAGAUCGGGCAUCUGCAUACCGAUCUUGUCUGAGAACUAUGCCGAGUCCAGGUGGUGCUUGAUGGAACUGGCUAUGAUGUUCCGGUGCAAGAAGAAGGUCAUCCCCGUCUUCUACCACGUCGUUCCUUCUGAUGUGCGCCAUCAAAAGGGGCCCUUCGAGAAGGCGUUUCGAGACCAUGAGUCGCGCUUCGGUAAGGAAAAGGUGCAGGAAUGGAGGGAGUCAUUCCGAAAUGUAGCCGAAUUGAAGGGAUAUGAUCUCAAGAACAUUGAUAAUGGUAACGAGGCCAAGUUGAUCCAGUUAAUAGUUAAGGAGGUCUUGAGGCAGUUUGACAGUGCACCAUUGGAUGUAGUUGAGUACUUAGUCGGGAUUGAUUCUCGAGCAGAAGAUGUGAUGAAAUUAUUGUCUCUUGAAGUUAAGGAUGUUAAGAUGGUAGGGAUCCAUGGAAUGGGCGGUAUAGGAAAGACAACGCUGUCCAGAGUAAUUUAUAACAGGCUAUUUGAUAGCUUUGAUGCAUGUAGCUUUAUUCCCAAUAUUAGAGAAGCAGCUGCGCAACACAGGUUGGUCAAUUUGCAGGAAAAACUUAUUGCUAAUAUUUUAGGAGGUAAAGAAAUUAAAAUCGAUGACACUAGUCGAGGGGCUGUCAUAAUCAAAGAACGUUUUCAUACAAAACGAGUUCUUGUUGUCCUUGAUGAUGUUGAUCAUGAAGAACAGAUAAAAGCACUGGCUGUCAGGGAAGAAUGGCUUGGUAAGGGGAGUAGAGUUAUUGUUACAACAAGAAAUGAGCAUGUAUUAAAUGUUCAGAACAUACAGGAGCGGUACCAGCCUGAUUACUUGAAUAAUGUUGAAUCCCUUCAGCUCUUUAGUCACCAUGCCUUUGGAAGGGUCUAUCCAACGGAAAAAUAUGUGCGGCUAUCUAAAAAAAUUGUAUCUGCUACUGGGGGGCUUCCUUUGGCACUAGAAGUAUUUGGCUGUUUUUUGUUUGAUAAGAACGACGUAAAAGAAUGGCAAGAUUUUCUGGAGAAGUUGAAGCGCAUCCCUUUUAAUGAUGUCCAGAAAAGAUUGAGAAUAAGCUAUGAUGGACUUGAUCAUAACGAACAGAAAAUUUUUCUUGACAUCGCAUGUCUUUUGGUCGGUAUGGAUAAGGAUGAUGCAAUUUAUGUCUGGAAUACUUGUGACCUAUAUGCCAAUUUAACUGUCAAAGUACUAUUGCAUAAGUCUCUUAUUAAGGUUGACAAAAGCAAGAAGUUGGAGAUGCAUGACCAGCUUAGGGACAUGGGCAGAUGGAUAGUCAGAGAAUGCCAUCCUUAUGAACCUAGCCUGCAUAGUAGGUUAUGGCUUCAUGAGGAGGUACUGGACGUACUGGGAGAAAACAAAGUAUGUACUAAUGAAAUGAUACAUGUUUUUUAUUUUCAGAAGUUGCCUAAUCUAAGGCUGCUUCGUGCAAAUUUUGCACGCUUUAAGGGAUAUGAGCACAUGCCCAAGGAGCUGAGAUGGUUAGAAUGGCAUGGGUGUCCGCUAAGAUCAUUGCCAGAUUAUGCUACUCUUGAUAAAGUUGCAGUUCUCGACUUAUCUAAGAGUAAGAUUGAACGACUUUGGCAUACAAAGUGGUGGUGGUGGUCAAGGAAGAAGGUGUUUGCUUCACUAAGGGUGCUCCAUUUGAGUGAUUGCCUGCACCUCGAAACGACCCCUGAUUUCUCUACCAUGCCAUUGUUAGAAAAGCUGUCACUGGAUGGCUGCGAAAAUUUGAGGGAGGUGCAUGAAUCAAUUGGUGACCUUCAGAGAUUGGUAGUCUUGAACAUGAGUUCAUGUUCAAAAUUAAUAAGACUGCCUGACAGUUUCUGCAGGUUGAGUUCCCUAGAAGAACUUUCUCUUAUGCACCUACGUGUUAAAUUGCUUCCCAGCAAAAUAGGCCUUUUGAAGAACCUUCACCGGCUUUACUUGUAUGGGUGUUCCGACCUAGAAGAGCUGCCAGAUUCUAUUGGGAACAUGACCAAACUUGAGGAGUUAGAUUUAAAUGGCUGCGAAAGAUUAGGAACAUUGCCUGCUUCUCUCGGCAAUAUGGAAGAUCUUACUGAACUUGACCUCAACGGGUGUGGAAUUGAAUCUCUUCCUAGUUCUAUAUCAUCUCUCAAGAAGUUAAAGGAACUCAAGUUAUGGUGCUGCAGACAAUUAAGCAGUCUACCAGCUUCAGUCCAAAGCAUGACCUGGCUUGAGAAGUUGGACGUGAGAAGCUGUUCUAAGUUAAAAAGUUUGCCUGACUGUAUUGGUCGAAUUGAGAACCUAGUUGAGCUUAACUUUGAUGGCCAAAACAUGAAAGAGCUUCCUGACUCCAUAGUAUAUCUUAAGAACAUGAAAAAAUUGCGACUAUACUGGUGCAGCAUGCUUGAGCGGCUGCCAGAUCAAAUUGGUCGUAUGACGAAGCUUGAGAAGUUAGACCUGAGGUUCUGCAAGUCCUUAAGGACAUUGCCUGAUUCUAUUGGCAAUAUGACAAACUUAGUUGAGCUUGAUAUCUCAUUCACUGGCAUUGAACACCUUCCUGGUUCCAUUGUGUACCUUGAGAAGCUGACAACACUCAGAAUGUUGAGAUGCACAAAACCGAGAGGCCUUCCAUUGGGGAGGAUGAAGGGCUUGCAGCAUUUGCUAGUCAUGGGGAAUGGAGAAAAGGAAUUUAAACAUGAGCCCUACUACGAAGUUUCAGAAACAAUUUCACAAAAGAGUGGGUACUGCCAACAAACCCAAGAAUUCAGGAUGAUCCAAUUUACUAGUUGUAAGGAAGAGCAUUCUGUUUGGGAAGUUCAGUGGAAGUUGUUCAUUAGGUUGGGUAAUCAGGAAAAAGUGAUCCAAGUGGAGGAAACCCACAUGAAAGAUUGGGGUUGGAACAGGGGCAUGCAAUGGUUGGGACUUCUUUUUACUGAGGAUUUUGUGCUUGAUGAUGAGCCUAGUCGCAAGAAACAGCGAACCCACUGAGACACGCUUUUGUUUAUCUGCUGAAUUGGCUCAACUCAGCAUGGCUGCUAUAAUCCAUUCCAUUAUCUUUAUCCUACUUGCAUCAGGACUUUACCAUGUAUAACAGAAAAAGAAGCAGCAAAUGGGAACUCGGUAAGAUCCAGGCUCCUCUUCCAUGCAGGAUUCGUUUGUUACAGCCAAUAGUAUUCUCCUUCCUUUUCUAAAAGCAAGGACCUUCAUUUUCUAACACAGUUCCGUUGGUAAAUGAAUUUUUUUUCCCA